AUGAGACAUCGAAUAAACACUUUAUUUUACUGUAUACAUAAGAAUUUUGUUAUUAAUGGAACGAGAAAAUAUGCAGGGCAUAGCAAAUGGCAAAAUAUUAAACAUACUAAACAAGAACAAGAUGCUGCAAGAUCAAAAGUGUUCAAAUCUAUAAUUUCUAAAAUGAUGAUUGCAGUAAAAGAAGUUGGUGAAAUAGAUCCAAGAAAGAACUCUAGAUUAGCAAAUUUAAUUGAUGAAGCAAAAAAAGCUAAUAUGCCAGCUAGUACUUUAAAUUCAUUUCUAGAGAGAAUAAAGAAUCCUGAGGAAGGUGCUCGAACCCAUAUAGUACCUGUUCGAAUUCCCUCAGGAUGUACAUUUAUCCUCCAUAUUGCAUCUAAUAAUUAUCCUGCUGUAAGAAUAAAUCUGAGAACUAUAUACAAAAAAUUUAAUGCUAAAAAUAUAGAUUCAGCAUUAUCAAUGUUUGAUUGUGCAAGUUAUAUCAUAGCCACAAAAGAUUGUAAUUAUGAUCAAGCAAUGGAAGAUGCAAUAGAAGUUGAAGCAGAGGAUGUAGAGGAAUUAAAAGAUAAUGACAAAACAUAUUAUAAGUUCAGAAGCGAGUUCCUAUUCUCUGACAAGACUAAAACUCGAUUGAUGAGUUUGGGUUAUUCUAUUAUUUCAAUCGAAGAUACAUGUAUACCCAAUUGUGUGGUUGAAUUAAGUGAUGAAGAAAUAGAAAACGUGAACAAAUUUAAAAAUAAGCUUUCAGAAAUAAAAGAAAUUAAAAAAAUAGAAGAUAAUCUUGCCUAAUGUUAUUAUAUAAUGGUGACCAUUGUUCGCCAACAUAUUGUUCGUUUAACUACGUAAAUAUACUUCGAGAAAUAAUUACAACAUUCAAGUUGUAAAUACAUUUUAUUACCUUCAAUGUUUACAACGGAUCUUUCACUCG